AUGGAAAACUAUUCGAAAAUGAGCCGCGAAAACCCUGAUAUCCAAUCCUAUGCUAACCCCGAGCUCGGUAACUUACCAAGACCAAUUCCUAGCUACAUCGAUGACAAUAUUCUUUCUCUUUUCUCACUCAAGGGGAAAACAGCAUCAAUCACUGGAUCUUCUGGUGGUAUUGGAUGGUGCGUUGCUGAAGGGUUCGCGCAAGCUGGUGCUGACGUCAUCAUUUGGUACAAUUCGCACCCAGCCGAUGAGAAAGCCACUUACCUUAGUGAAAAGUAUGGCAUCAAGUCCAAGGCAUACAAAUGCGACAUUAGUGAUGCCGAUGAUGUCAAGCGUACCAUUGCUGAGCAAUUAAAGGAGUUUGGUAAGAUUGAUAUAUUUGUCGCUAAUGCAGGCAUCCCUUGGACAAGUGGUCCAUUAAUUGAUGAACCUGAUAUGAACAAGUGGAAGAAAGUUAUUGAUACCGAUUUGAACAGUGUCUUUUAUUGUGCACAUGCGAUUGGGCCAGUUUUCCGUAAACAAGGACAUGGCUCUUUGGUGAUUACUGCUUCGAUGUCGGGAUCCAUUGUCAAUAUCCCACAAAUGCAAGCAGCAUAUAAUGCGGCAAAAGCUGCAGUGAAACAUCUUUCCAAGUCCUUGGCUGUGGAGUGGGCACCUUUUGCCAGAGUCAACUCGGUGUCACCAGGUUACAUUGCAACAAACUUGACAACAUUUGCCGAUGCUGAAUUGACCAAGAAAUGGUUACAGUUGACACCAAUUGGAAGAGAGGGCAAACCACGAGAGCUUGUUGGUGCUUAUUUGUAUUUGGCAUCCGAUGCAGCAUCAUUCACAACUGGUUGUGAUUUGGCUGUUGAUGGAGGAUACACUGUACCAUAG